AUGGGAAAAACAACUUCUCAAGAUCAGUGUGCUUCAUCAGAUUCUGUUCAUGACGAGAGCUACAGGAAGUAUGCACAUGAUAUGAGGGCUGCCUUGUUUCUACAAAAUCCCGAGCUAUCCAUGAAUAUUGUCACACAACCUGAAAUGAGCCAACCGACUGUGCAGUUCCCAUAUGCGUGUGCUGACCCUUACAUUAGUGGUUUCUAUACUGCCUACGGACCGCAUAACAUGAUUCAGCCGCAGGUCAUGGCGGCUGCCACUGGCCGGAUUCCUCUGCCGGCCGAUAUUCCGGAGGAUGGUCCGAUUUACGUCAAUGCCAAACAGUACCAUGGUAUACUUAGAAGGAGACAAAUACGCGCCAAGCUCGAGGCUCAGAACAAACUCGUCAAGAACAGGAAACCGUACCUGCACGAGUCUCGUCAUCAGCACGCGGUGAAUAGGGUUAGGGGGUCCGGCGGGCGCUUUCUAAGCACAAGGAAGGCCCAUGAGGAGCAGCCCGGUUCUGAGCCCAAUAAUCCACCGAGCUCGUUUCUUUUCGGCAAGAAAAUGGAUGUCUCGAAUUGCAAUGUGGGCCCUUCCUCGACUGGUGAAGACACGGAAAGUGUUCGUAUGACUGUCCAGACGCAAGGUGGCGGCUUUGCUUACUAUGCUUCGGUGGUCCGGUGA